AUGGCUCCCUCUCUGAAGCUCACGUACUUCGAGGCCAGGGGUAGGGCGGAGCCCGCCCGCCUGGCGCUCUGCAUCGGUGGCGUGGACUUUGAGGACGUCCGCGUCAACGGCGAGCAGUUUGAGAAGCUGAAGACCUCCCUGCCCUUCGGACAGUUGCCCGUGUUGGAGGUGGACGGCGAGGUCAUAACCCAGAGCAUCGCCCAGCAGAUCUACGUCGGCAAACUGACCGGCCUCUACCCACAGGACCCCCUGGCCGCGCUGCGCGUCGACGAGUGCCAGAUGCUGGUGGUCGACCUCACGGACCUCAUCGUGCCCAGCCUGAUUGAGCAGGACGCUGACAAGAAGGCGGCGAUGCGAAAGACGCUGGCCGAAGAGACGCUGCCCAAGUGGUUCGGGAUGAUCGAGGCAAGGCUGCAGAGCCGGGGGUGGUCCCACGCGGCCGGGAACGAGCUCACCGUGGCGGACCUCGCCUUGUAUAACUUCAUGAUGUGGAUCAAGAGGGGCGUGCUGGACGGGAUUCCGAGCACCAUCGUGGACGCGUGCCCCAAGUUGAGCGCCGUCGUGGAGGCGGUGGACAGCCAUCCCAAGGUCAAGGAGUGGAACGCGAAGCACUAA